AUGGCCGAUACGGCGGCAUGCGCGCCCGUGGCUGCUCGACAAGAGCCGGCCUACCACUUCGCUGUCGACUCUGACGACAAGAGCCAGCGGCGCUCCCGGGAAUGGGCGUUAGGAGUCUGUUUCGUGGGUCUCACUGCGCUGGUCUGGGUGCUCUCGAGCUACCUCGUCAAGGUCAUCGUAGGGGGCGGCGUUCCGCCGCUGGUGCUGACGUGGAUCGCGAACUCCGUCUUCAUCGUCCUCCUGCCCGUCUGGUGGCUCGACAAGGCCACGCGUCAGGCAGUGAACGGCUCCAGCGCAACCGGCGCGUCCGGGCCCCCCGAGCUCGAGGACGACGUCACGCCGCCGCACUCCCAGCGCACAGAAGCGCGACAGUCGGCAGAGCGCGACGACGACGCCGUCGCCCUGCUCGCGCGGACGCACGCGGCGCGGCGCGAGGCCGCGAGCGCCGAGCCCUACGCGGUCGCCGCGCACCUGCGCGCGAGCGCGGUCGUCUGUCCCGUCUGGUUCCUUGCCCAGCUGACCUACAACAACUCCCUCGCCAGGACCACGGUCACCAGCAACUCGAUUUUGAGCUCCACGGCGUCGCUCUUCACGUUCCUCUUCGCCGUAGCCGUCGGGCGCGACCGCUUCUCGCCGCGCAAGCUCGCCUUCAUCCUGCUCGCCAUGGCCGGCACCGCGAUGCUGACGCUGGCCGACCGCCGCAACGCGCGGCACGACGGCGACAAGGAGCGGCACCGCGCGCACGACGCCGUCAUCGGGGACGCCCUCGUCCUUGCGUCGUCCCUCUGUUACGCGUGCUACUCCCUCAUGAUGGGCGUGCUGCUGCCGGAGGACCGCCGGACGUCCGUCCCGCUCUUCCUCGGCGCGAUGGGAGCCUUCACGCUCGUCGGGGGCGCGCCGAUCAUCGCCGCCGUCGCGCUGGCCAACCGGGGCUGGGCUGCCGCGUUCACGGCGGCCGCGGUCGGCGCCUGCGUCUUCAAGGGCCUGGUCGCGAACGUGGUGUCGGACUAUUUCUGGGCGCGCUCGGUGCUGCUGGUCGGGCCCGUCGUGGCGACGGUGGGGCUGGCGGUGCAGGUGCCGCUGUCGGCCGCUGCGGAUCUGGUGCUGGGCCUGAUGCCGAUUGACGGCGUCAAGGGGGCGAUGAUGAUGGCGGCGGGAGGCACCGCGGUCAUGGUGGGGUUCUUCGGGAUCGCGGGCGCGAGCAAGCCGCAUGUGGCCGCGGGGGCUGCUGUCGGAGGCCAGACGGUCCGCGUCUUCGACUUCCGGAGCUGCGCCCCCCCGGACGAUCAGGAGGCGGCCGAGCUCCAAGCCGAGCUCCGCAUGUUGCAGGCACGAACCAGCUCCGUGUCCGACAAACGCUCCGCCGGAGCAGGGCCCAAGGCCGUACCCACCGUCGAGCUUUCGUCCGGAUACACCAUGCCGCUGGUCGGAUACGGCACGUGGGCCAAGGAGGACGGCGACAGGCAGCACGGCGUCACCGCCGGCGCUGUCCUGAGCGCGCUCAAGGCGGGAUACCGGCACAUCGACUGCGCUUCGUACUACAAGAACGAGGACGAGGUCGGGGAGGCGCUCGACGCGGCGUACAGGGAGGGCGUGGUGACGCGCAGGGACCUGUUCUUGACGUCGAAAGUGUGGAACGAUGAUCACUCUGCCGCGCGUGUGCGCGAGGGGUGCAUGAAGACGCUGAGCGACCUGAGGACCUCGUACCUCGACUUGUACCUGAUUCACUGGCCCGUCACGGGCAGCUCUGGACCGACGGUGACGCCGCCGCUCAUCGAGACGUGGCGGGCCAUGGAGCAGCUCGUCCGGGACGGCCUCGUGCGCUCCAUCGGGGUGUCGAACUGGUCCGCCCAGAAGCUCAAACACCUCCUCGCUGACUCAGUCAUACCCCCCGCCGUCAACCAGGUCGAGGCGCACCCGUACUGGAAAAACGACACGCUCCUGCGCUUCUGCGCCUCCGUCGGCGUGCACGUCACCGCGUACGCCCCGCUCGGCUCCCGCGACAGCGCCGCGUUCCUCGGGCGACGCGAUGCCGCAUCCUUGCUGGACGACCCCGACGUCGUGAGGGUCGCGGACAGGCUCGGCGCGACGCCCGGACAGGUGGUGCUAGCGUGGGGCAUCGCGCGGGGGACGUCGAUUCUGCCCAAGUCCACGAGCCCUGCACGAAUGAGGGAGAACCUGGCGUGUGUGGAAGCAGUGUCGUUGCUGCGGGAGGACGACGUGCUGCUGCUGUCGGCGCUCAUGCCGCAGCGGCGCAUGGUGGACGGGAGGUUCGCGCUGAACCCGCGCGGGCCAUACAGGACGAUGGAGCAGCUCUGGGACGAGGCAGCUCCCACGGACCCCGCGCCACCGCUUCUCGAGCCCUCCGCGGCGCUGGCUUCCGGCACCAGGAUCCCGCUCGUCGGAUUCGGGACCUGGAAGAGCAAGCCCGGCGAGGUCGAGGCCGCCGUCCGUCACGCGAUCCGCUGCGGAGUCCGCACCAUCGACUGCGCAAGCGUCUACGGGAACCAACACGAGGUGGGUACCGCGAUCAAGGAGUGCAUCGACGCGGGCUGGGUGGCGCGCGAGGAGCUCUUCGUCGUCUCGAAGCUGUGGAACACCGACCACUCUGACGUGGCGGGGGCGUGCCGCAAGACCCUGACUCAGCUGCAGCUGUCGUACCUGGACGCGUAUCUGAUCCACUGGCCGCUGACGUGGGGGCUGCCGCUGCCCAGCGAGGGCCCGCUCGUGGUCGACCCGCCGCUCCGGGACACGUGGCGGGGCAUGCAGGCCCUGGUGGGUGCGGGGCUGGUGCGCGCGGUGGGGGUGUCGAACUUCGGGCCGCACAAGAUGAAGGAGCUGCUGGAGGUGCCGGGGCCGCCGCUGAGCAUCAACCAGGUCGAGGCGCACUGUUUUUGGCGCAACGACGAGGUCCUGGAGUUCUGCAAACAGCACGGGAUCCACAUGAUGGCUUACUCCCCCCUCGGGUCCCCAGACAGCGCCUCAAUACUCCCCCGCGCGGACAACCGAUCCCUCUUUGAGGACCCAACGGUCGUCGCGGUGGCCCGCAAGCACGACGUCACGCCGGGCCAGGUCGUCCUCGCCUGGGGGCUCGCGCGCGGCACCACCGUCGUGCCCAAGUCGGUGUCCCCCGCCCGCAUCGCGCUCAACGCCGCGUCAGCGAAGGUCCCCCUGGACAGCGACGACGUCGCGGCGCUGUCGGCGCUGGCGCCGCAGGUGCGGCGCCUCGACGGGGAGUUCUGGCUGUCGGGAGACGCGCGAGGCACGUACGGGAGCGCUGCGGACCUGUGGAGGUAG